CUGCCAAAAAAAUUCUAACCUUUCUUUGGAUGCGUAAACAAAAACGUUACCUCCAAAACUCUGAAAAAAUGGUUCAAGUAAAUAUUUUAGAAGAUGCUGAAGAAAGCAAAAAUUUGAUUUAUGGUGUUGGAGAGUGUGAAUUUGGCUUUUUAUUCCUUCUAGUGGAUGAAAGUGAAAAAAUCUAUUACUCUUCCUUCCCUCCUGAUAAAAACGCUACAUCAGAAUUGAUCGAAAUUAAAAAGUAUUGGCCAGAGGCAGAAUUUUCAGAGGAUGCAGAUAAAAUCAGUAAAAUGGUCAGUAGAAUAUUCUCCCGAGGUGACUCCUUAAAAUUUGAUGUGAUGCUGAAAGGGACAGAGUUUCAAGUGUCGGUAUGGAAGGCUAUAGCAAAUGUUAAGGAAGGUUCAACGGUCUAUUACGAGGAGAUUGCCAAGGCUAUAGGCAAUCCGAAAGCUGUUAGAGCUGUCGCUUCGGCUGUGAAGAAUAACAAACUUGCCUAUCUGAUCCCUUGCCACAGGGUCAUCAGUAAAACCGGUGGAAUGAGCAAAUAUAAAUGGGGAGGGGAUCGGAAAGUGAAGCUGUUGGAUUACGAGAAAACUCCUUUAUAAAAUCCACUUAUUAAAAAUUUUUCAUUA